AUGGUCCGCGCUUUCUCACUGAGUCGUGUCCACUUCAGCAUGGGAACUGCGGCGUCCAGAAGGAAGAAUCUGAGGAGUGACGCGAUAUCUUCUGUGGCCGCAAAAGUUCGGGCAGCUAGAGCAUUUGGAGAAUACUUGUCCAAUACAAAUUCAGAGAACCGCAACACAGCAGAUCAUCUGUUGUCUGACACCUUCCCUGUCCAAGGGUGUGACUCCCCUGACCUCAGUCAUCACAACAAAAGUCUGCAACCACAGAGUCACUCUUUUCCCGUAGCUAAGUCCUGCAAGGCUGUGCAGUCCAAUCGUAGUGCUCAGAUACAAGUCCAGCUUCGGGCGAACUCACUCAAGGGUCAGGCACCAUAUAAGCGUAGACUCUCUGCUGAGCGGAGCCUCUCCACAGAGACUCCACCAAGUGCCAGGGACUCAGAAGGGAGUGUGUCAGCAAAGCCAGCUCGGGUGUACACGAUCACAAAAGAGGUAGGGAUGACUCUGGGCCAAGACAGUGAGGAAAGCCUAGAAUUGGAGGUGCUGCAGGGAAGCAAGGUUGACCCACUCUCCCAAGCUCAAUACCCCAACUCAUCUUCCGUUGACCAGCAAUCAUCUGCAUCUGCCCGCGGGAGCCAUUACCGUAGCGGUCAUCACCGCAGUAACCAUUACCAUGGCCACCAGAAGCACGGUGGCCCUUUGUCAUCAUCUCAGUCACUGCAAAGCUCUGACAGCGCCAAUAACAUCCGGGACUGGGGCAUGAGGAAAGGAGGUUCAAGAGGUGACAGCACUCCAGACUGUGUGGCCUGCAUUCGUGCUCCAAGUCAAAGCCAGCGCUCUCUGGACCUGGAUAUUUCAUCGCGGGAGGGUGGCAAGCAGCGUAAGAAACUGGAGAGGAUGUACAGUGAGGAUAGAACAUCUACCGAUGACAGGGAAGACAAUUCUAACAGCUGGUUCCCCAAAGAGAAUAUGUUCAGCUUUCAGACAGCAACCACCACCAUGCAGGCAAUAUCGGCUUUCCGGGGCAUUGCCGAGAAAAAGAGACGGAAAAGAGAGCAGGACGCAGCCACCGUGAUCGAGAGAAACUUUCGCAAACACCUUAGGAUGGUUGGCAGCCGAAAGAUCAAGGUCCAGACCUAUGCUGAUCGCAGAGCCAAGAGUUUUAACCGUUCAUGGAGUGACCCCACCCCUGUCAAGCCUGACUCGCUGCAUGACUCCAGAGACAGUGGCGAUCUCCAGACCUCGUCAGGUACCCUCAAUGAAGGGUUGGAUGAGGAUGCUGAUUGGGGAGAUGAAAGAGAGCUGGAGAGAGUAGCCUGCGAAGGAGAUGACUUCAUCCCACCUAAAAUCAUUCUUAUAUCUUCCAAGGUCCCAAAAGCAGAAUAUGUUCCUAACAUCAUUCGUAGAGAUGACCCUUCAAUCAUUCCGAUUCUUUAUGAUCAUGAACAUGCUACAUUUGAUGACAUCCUUGAGGAGAUCAAGAAGAAGCUGUCCGCCUACAGAAAAGGCUGCAAGAUUUGGAACAUGCUUAUUUUCUGCCAGGGAGGACCAGGUCAUUUGUAUCUAUUGAAGAAUAAAGUGGCCACUUUCGCCAAAGUGGAAAAGGAAGAAGAUAUGAUCCAGUUCUGGCGGCAGUUGGGCAGACUAAUGAGUAAGCUCAACCCUGAGCCUAAUCUUAUCCACAUCAUGGGCUGUUAUGUGCUUGGGAGUGCAAAUGGAGAAAAGUUGAUUCAGACUUUGAAGAGAUUGAUGAGACCCUCCUCGGUUGAAUUCAAAUCACCACUAGAACUGUCUGCACAGGGUAAAGAAAUGAUUGAGACGUACUUUAACUUCCGCUUGUUUCGUCUGUGGAAAAGCCGUCAGCACUCCAAAAUGCUGGACUAUGAUGACAUGCUGUGA